CCAAAAUAUGUCUACUACCAAGUUUAUUGACUUGUUUACUUGUUUGAUAUAAAUCACAGCGCGGCCUUUGGAAUUACGAGGUCAUCGUCACGCGUCGAUCAGCCAAUCAGCAAGCAGCAUUAUUCACCUGUCGUGGAAAACAGGUAACCCGCCUCAUAUCAACAUUCCUGCGUGCGCGAGCGUCUUCGUGUUUACAACCUUUUCUUCGUUUCGAAACGUCGAUUGUAUUAUAAAUAUUGUUUUAAUAAACAUGUUUGCUUUGUCAUAUGCUGAAGGAUAUUUAUAACUCGUAAACUUUUCCCGGGACAGACAGACACGGGAUUCUAUGAGUUUUUUUAUUGUUUGUUUGCACUUUUUGGGAUCUCAAAACAUGUUGAAAGAAGGAAACUGACUGAAGAGGAACAACUAAUACUUUUUGGAAAUCCUUUUGUCGAGAUCGGAGGAGAGAACACUCACAAGAGAGACGAACACGAACAGGAUAAAGCAUCUACACUUGUGUUUUUUCGCGAUGGAUAUUUGACUGUGUCCAUAUUGACGGACUGUUUUCACACAUGAAUAUUCAGAGAAUAAAGAUGAGGAUGCUCGCGAUGUGUCUCGCGCUCUCGGCGCUCCGGUGGUCUGCGCAUGCUCAAACGCAGGAAAGCGAACCUAGAGUGACGAUGUGCACGGGCACUCAGAACUUGUUGAGCGUGACAGGGAGUUCAGAGGUUCAGUACAAACUCAUGAAGGACAUGUACAGCGGCUGCCAGAUCGUCAUGGGAAACCUGGAGAUCACGCAGAUGGAACACAACCGAGAUUUCUCCUUUCUGCAGUCCAUCCGUGAGGUCACAGGGUACAUCCUCAUCGCUAUCAACCAGUUAGAACGCUUACCUCUAGAACAGCUUCGUGUCAUCCGUGGAACGUCUCUGUACGAGGAUCGAUUCGCUCUCGCCAUCCUUGUCAACUAUCAGAAGGAUGGCACGUAUGGACUGAAGGAGCUGGGCCUCACACACUUGACAGAGAUCCUGGAAGGUGGAGUUCAGAUCAUCCAGAAUAAAUUCCUAAACUAUGCGGUGCAGAUUAAUUGGUUGGAUAUCGUAAAGGACAGUGGGGCAGAAGUCAUCAUUGAAGGCAACGGAGACAAAUCUCCAUGUGAUGAGUCUUGUGAGGGUCGAUGUUGGGGUCCAGGAAAUGACAGCUGUCAAAUCUUGACUAAGACGGUGUGUGCACCGCAGUGUAACAGCCGGUGUUUUGGACGCAGUCCUGGCGAUUGCUGUCACACCGAAUGCGCUGGAGGCUGCACCGGACCUCUCGACACCAACUGCUUCGCCUGCAGAAACGUCAACAACUCGGGCUCAUGUGUGCCGCAGUGCCCGCAGGCUGUGAUCUACAACAAAGUGACGUUCAAACUGGAACCCAAUCCUAACGCCAAAUACCAGUACGGCUCCAUGUGUGUGUCACAGUGUCCACCUAACUUUUUGGUGGAUGGCAGUUCAUGUGUUAGAAGCUGUCCGGCCGACAGGAUGGAGGUGGAAAAGAAAGGGGAAAAAGUGAAAAGAUGUGAGCCGUGUGGGGGUCUCUGUCCGAAAGCGUGUCCUGGCACCAGUAUGACCACCAGACAGACCGUGGACUCACAAAACAUUGACAGCUUUAUAAACUGCACUAAGAUUCAGGGCAGCCUUCAGUUCCUGGUCACUGGAAUCGACGGAGACGUAUACAAUAACAUUAGUGCUCUCGAUCCAAAGAAACUGAAGAUUUUCAGCACAGUCAGAGAAAUAACAGAUAUUUUGAGUAUUCAGUCUUGGCCUGAAGAGAUGGAAGAUCUCUCCGUCUUUUCAAACCUGACAACCAUACAGGGAAGAUCACUCUACAGAGGAGUGAGUUCUAAGAGGAGUUACUCACUGUUAGUGAUGAAGAUUCCCACUCUGAAGUCACUGGGUCUUCGCUCUCUCAAGCGGAUUGGUGACGGAAGCAUCUACAUCAAAGGAAACACGCAGCUCUGUUAUCAUCACACUGUUAACUGGACACGUCUGUUUGGACAUCGGCCCAUGCGCCGCCAGAAGACCCAAGACAUCAAAGAAAACCACCCGGAAGAGGAAUGCAUCAAAGAAGGGCACACCUGUGAUCCCCUGUGUUCAUCUGAGGGAUGUUGGGGUCAAGGACCCGAUCAGUGUCUGUCCUGCAAGAACUACAGCAGAGGAGGAACAUGUGUACCACACUGCAACUUUCUGUCAGGUGUAAAUCGAGAGUUUGCAAGUGAAAAUAACGAAUGCAUGCCGUGUCACGCGGAGUGUGCGGUGCAGGAAAACAAACACACCUGCAGAGGACCGGGGACUGACCAGUGUGAAGCCUGUGAGAAUCUGCAGGACGGGCCGUACUGUGUGUCCUCCUGUCCAGAGGGGGUUCAGGGGGAAAACGGGCUCAUCAUUUAUAAGUUUCCAAACAGCCAGCAAAAAUGCCAACCAUGUCAUGCCAACUGCUCCUUGGGUUGUCUGGGUCCGGGUCAGAGUAACUGUGUGGAUUCCUCCAGGACAGUCGCUGGGUUGCCGGUGACAGGAAUAGUGCUGGGUGUUAUAUUUGGAGUGUUCGUUGCAUUCGCAGUGUUUGUGCUCAGUGUUCUGUAUCGGAGAAGUGUUGCCAUUCGACGAAAGCGUGCCAUGAGGAGAUAUCUGCAGAGCGGAGAGAGUUUCGAACCACUGGAUCCCGGAGAAAAAGGUGUGAAAGUUCACACUCGUAUUCUGAGAGGCUCUGAACUUCGGAAGAUCAAACCUCUUGGCUCUGGAGUGUUUGGCACAGUGCACAAGGGAGUGUGGAUCCCUGAGGGAGAUACUGUGAAGAUCCCAGUGGCGAUCAAGACUAUUCAAGAUCGUACGAGUCGACAAACCUUUCAUGGAGUUACAGAUCAUAUGUUGGCGAUGGGAAGUCUGGACCAUCCGUAUAUAGUGCGACUGUUGGGCAUCUGUCCGGGUCCCAGUCUACAGAUGGUCACUCAGCUCAGCCCUCAGGGGUCUAUGUUGGAACACAUCAAACAGCGUAAAGGGAGUCUGAAUCCUCAGAGGCUGCUCAACUGGUGUGUGCAGAUCGCCAAGGGUAUGUACUAUCUAGAGGAGCAAAGAAUGGUCCACAGGAAUCUGGCUGCCCGGAACAUUCUGCUCAAGAGUGACUUUAUAGUUCAAAUAGCCGAUUAUGGUAUCGCUGACCUCCUCUACCCCGACGAGAAGAAAUACUUCUUCAAUGAAAUCAAGAUGCCAAUUAAGUGGAUGGCCCUUGAAAGCAUUAUGUUUCGGAGAUACACGCAUCAGAGUGAUGUAUGGAGUUAUGGCGUGACAGUUUGGGAAAUGAUGUCAUAUGGGGCGGAGCCUUAUACGGCUAUGAGACCACAGGAGAUCCCUGAUCUGUUGGAGAAAGGAGAGCGCCUCUCACAACCUCAAAUCUGCACCAUAGAUGUCUACAUGGUUAUGGUCAAAUGUUGGAUGAUUGAUGAAAAUGUUCGGCCAACCUUUAAGGAGCUUGCCAACGAGUUCACGCGAAUGGCCAGGGACCCGUCCCGGUAUCUUGUCAUAAAAGAGGAACACAAAACUUCGGACGCCGCCUCAGAUGAGUCACAUCAGAGAGGUACAGAGAUGGAUAUUCUGGGGGUCGCAAUGGAGGGCCAGGAAGAUGAAGUAUUGGAAGAUGCGAUAGACAUGCAACCCUAUGUAGCGCAAGCUAGAAGUUUCUCUAGAUUGCGUAUGGAUUCUCAUAGGUCCAGUCUGACUCCAUCCAAUAUCGCUGGAUAUUUGCCAAUGACCCCUGGUCUGGAAAACUCUGUGCAGACGGUGUGGCCGUCUCGUUCCCGUCUCGACUCUGCAUGCACCGAGAGCUCCGAGGGCCACGGCAUUGCUGUCGAACUUGAGAUGAAUGAAGACUUUUCAUCGGUGGGCAGUAUGAGGAAGGUCAGACAUCGCGAGGACAGCGCUUACAUGUCACAGCGGGACAGCUUAUCAGGGCUUCUGGAAACACCCUUUCAGGGGACACAAGGAGAAGAGGACCAAAAUGGAUAUGUGUUGCCUGGAUUUGGAGAAAGUCCAGAGAAAGAGACGAUUCUAUUUACGCCGUCCCGUGCCAAGCGUUCUCAAAGGAGACUGUCAAGAGGUCACUCCGGGGACUUUUUAGAAGGCCGCAACGGGACAAUUGAAGAAUACGAGUACAUGAACAACCAGACCCUCUCUCUCGGCCACAUUCCAGGGCUGCUUAAAGAUUACACUCCGCGGCCGACGCGAAACCGCAGUUCCUCCUUUAACCCUGCGGGAUUGUACAGCACUCACAAGUCUCAAAGCUCAAGCAGACCCUCCAAGAGAUCGUCCAUCGAGGGCUCGGAGAGCAGCGGAGGUCUCUCGCUGUCCUCCACCGAGCAGAGGAGUCACAGUGACGGUGAUUUCCUCUCCAGCGAAGCCGAGUACACGGACGCCGAUUUGGAUCCCCAUGAGGUGCAGUACGAGUACAUGGACAUCCGUGGAGGUGGCAGACCACGGUCGCCAAUCAAACUCAAUCUCCCGAGACCCGUCUCUCAUCCUCCCCUCAGGAGGUUGUCACAGGACGAUGAAGACGAGUACGUGGAGGAAGACUAUCAGUACACUAACCAACAGCCACGGCUGAGGAAUUCUCUGAGGAUGCUGGGGUCACCGGAGGGCGAGGGUGCAGUAUAUGAAUAUGAGGAAAUGGACUCAUUGGCCGCUGGUGGAGCUUCGGCAGUGGAAUAUGAAAACCUGGAGGGAGACGGAGAGGAGAACGUCGGGUUGAGGGAAGGAGAACUGUCUGGCGGACCCAGAAGCCCAGGGGUGUACGUCAAAAUGCACGCAGGGUUGAGAAAUAACUCUUUUGACAAUCCUGACUACUGGCACAGCAGGUCGUUGCGUAAAAUGAACGCCGUCCGCACGUAGGAAUGGAAGAUGGGUUGUGGAAUAUUGUGAAAAUGUACGCUCAACUGUCUUCAGUGAUCAAAAUUGUGCACUUCUCGCUGGUAUAAUCCAUCAUGACUAAAUAAAUGUACUUUUCUUGAUGUAAAUCGGGCCAUUAAGUGUCACACCGCAUGAAGGUCAGCCAGAGAAACUUAUGAAAGACUUUUAAUUGCUUUAUGUAAAAAUUAAUGAAAUGUUAUGUUAAUACAAUUGUCAAGCUUUUCAAGAGAAGUCAUGCUUUUAUGUCAUGUGUAAAUAAGAGUUUGUUCUUACAUGUCUGUUAUUUUGUGUUCUCAUGAAGUGCCGUAUUCAAUCAAUAGCUGGUAUUGGUGUCCAUCAUGCAUCUAUUCAGAUGCGCUCAUGUUAUUUCCUUAUUUUGGUUUAAUUUUAAACACGGGAAAUCUGAGACAUCAAUUUGGCCAGUUUAUAAUAAUGGAAUGUGAUCAUAUGGUCAGUUAAACAGCAUUUUGAUUGAAUCUGGAAGAACUUUUUCCUCUAAGAAGUGUUUGAAUGCCUCAUGAACAAAUGAUAAUGAAGUACUUGUGUUAUGUUUCAGAUGAAAUGGCCAGUAAAGCUUUACAACAAAACCAGUUUUGUACAAAUAUCAACAGUUAAAGUAUUUUCUCGUUUGAUACAUUUAAUGGUGUAUGUUAUGUCAUCGUGAUGAUAACUUUGACAUUUUUUUGUAUUGACUAUGUUGUAUUUUAAACUUUUAAUAAAAUAUUUUAUACAUGAA